GAGCAAAUUGUUGAUGACCUGUAACCAGCCGGGUCAGGUAGAGACUUGGUGGCACUGACGGCUUUGGCAGCCAACAUCGGCCACUAUUCAUCAGUGUGCUUUUUCUUGCAAGUUGGUUGACCUGAGGCAGAGGAAUAAGCCAGUUGGCGGCGGUGCAAAGAACCCCGCCAUAGCGUCGGGUGACAGGGAUUAUAUUCCACAACCUGCCCACGUCAUCGCCCACUCCAUUGCUGGCUUCUUCCUUGUCAAGAAACCACAGAAAUGAUCGACCCCUCGAUUCGCCUGCGCCGGGCAAUCCACGCAAACGAUGGGUUGCUGGUCCGGCGCAUCCUGAAGUCGCACCCCCACCUCCUCCACAACCCGGACCUCUCGCUAGCGGGCAACGCCAACUCGAACCUCCACCUCGCCGCCUCGCUCGGCUUCCUCCCCAUAUGCAAGCUCCUCAUCGAGCUGGGCCACGAGGACGACGGGCCGGCCCUCAACGACGACCACCAGACGGCGCUGAUGCUGGCCGCCGCGGCGGGGCACACCGAGGUGGUGCACUUCCUCUGCGAGCACGACGCGCGCAUGGUCCUGCGCCAGGACCUGCGCGGGCGCGACGCCAUCAUGGAGGCGAGCCUGCACGGGCACGACACGGUGGUGCAGAUCCUGCUGACGUACGCGCCCGGCGGGGCGGCGGCGGCGCUGGCGCAGGCCGACCUCGACGGCAACACGGCGCUGCACUUCGCGAGCAGCAACGGCCACCUGCUCGUGCUGCGCACGCUGCUGGCCGCGGGCGCCGAUGCUGGUAGGAAGAACGCCUGGAGUUGGACGGCUGAGGCUUACAGCGCUACGGUGCAGGCAGAGGUUUACCUGAAGACGCUCGUCGCCGAGGUCGAGCGGCGGAAGCAGGCUAGGAAGGAGGAGGAGGUGGUGAUGCCGGGGAAGAAUAGGGGCGGGGCUGUGAGGUUGGUUGUGAAGGAAGUCGGUGAUUAAAUGGAUGAUGUUGGGGUGGUGGGGGGGAGAACACAGCACUGUGUUGGUGAGUUCCAGAGUAUGUGGCCACUACCGUGAGUUGCGGUUUCAGGGCAUUAUGAUAAUGGAUCGAGGCAGGCGAUACACUCCUAAUGACCAUCGAGAACC